GCAAGUUGCGACAGCAAGCUUGUCCUUCGUCGCUUUCGCCUGAUGAAUGGCAAGCCGCCAACAUUUUCCUUUCGUUUCCUUCUGGCUAUUUUCCUCGUCCCAAAUUUCUUGGUACCACCGCAAAAGAAGAUUAAUGGAAAGAGGACCCUUUUUAUUUGGGAAACGCGUGUGUUGACAAAGAAAAUGAGGGUUCCAACCAUCAAACUGCAACAGCUUACCAUAUUCGCCACCUUGUUCACAGGGGGUGGGAUUGGCACCAUGUACUACCUGAUGCAGAAGAAAUUUGCAGAGUCGGACUACCACAAAUUGGCUUUGCAGAAGUUGGAAUCGUGUCCGAUUGCCAUGGAGAAUUUGGGCGCCCCACCGUUAAAAAUUCACAACAUUCAUCUGACUGACAGAGAAAAUCGAAUCGACCAGCAAACAGCACAGGUAAAGAUCCCCGUGACUGGGUCAAAGGCUAGUGGCUAUUUAUAUACAUCUUCCAUCAGGGACCCAAUCACCAACAGAUGGAGUGUGAAGCUGGCCGUUUUGAGGCUCAAAGAAGGGCAGACCAUCAACGUCAUGAAUCCUCCAUCAGUGGCAACGGACUGCAGGCCAGAGGAGACGGACUGACGCCAUCCGUUCAUGACCGCUUCAAGGUAGAAUUGCUGGAGACGAGUGUGCGCGGGGCAUUUUAGGCAAGUCAGCGAGGCUGAAUUUCACAACAAACUCUGGAUGAUUUCUUUGUUUUUCUUGAUCUUUUCAACUCAAAUUCCUUCCACCAGUCAGUAUUUCCACAUCAAGAUAAAAUGGACAACAUAGAUUUCUAAUUGUCAGUUGAAAUUUUAUUUCAUCUCCGUUAAAAGUUUGAUUCCUAUGUUAGGAAAAGGUAACAACAGUACAGCGUUUCAUCUCUUCUCUGCUCUGCCUGUGUGAAAUGCUGUCUGAGAUGUUGCACACGCAUCGUUUAUCAAGUGAGAAGAUGGAUUUCCUGUAAAUGUCGCACUUUGCUGAAAUGUUUCCUAUGACUGAACAGGACGUUUGUGUCGCCGUUUUCCCCCGUUUACAUGAACCGCCGUCAUCCGGCUGACCGUUGCCUUGCAUUCAAAUUUCAUUUAUUUGGAUAUCCACACUGGACUAAAAAUAACAGCAGUCAAGUUAGCUACAAGCUAGCAUUGAUGUUUUUAGCACACAUUUUAUCGUCGCACUCUCAUCUGCAGAUGUACGAGCAAUAUGGUAUUCAACUGUCUUUAUUAUGAUUUUUUUUCUGUUGAGUUCAAAUUGCAAAACUUUUUCUAUUCCGCCCCC